GUGGACUCCAAUCACUGAAUGUCCCACAGGUGGACUCCAAUCCACUGAAUGUCCCACAGGUGGACUCCAAUCCACUGAAUGUCCCACAUGUGGACUCCAAUCACUGAAUGUCCCACAGGUGGACUCCAAUCACUGAACGUCCCACAGGUAAACUCCAAUCACUGAAUGUCCCACAGGUGGACUCCAAUCACUGAACGUCCCACAGGUGGACUCCAAUCACUGAAUGUCCCACAGGUGGACUCCAAUCAACUGAAUGUCCUACAUGUGGACUCCAAUCAACUGAAUGUCCCACAGGAG